UUCGUCAUCAGCUUAGCGUGUGGAGUUUAGGCGCUCUUCCCCGGAGUUUAGGGGGUAGUGUUUUUGAAAACACCAACACCACGUUUCCUCUCACAGCUCCUGGAGCAUUUCACUCCCACAAGCACAAAGAUGGCUAUCAUAACGGCAAAUAUGAUGAUCCGCAGCUUAGCGCUAUUCCACCUGACGCUGGCUGCGCUCUUGAUCAAUAACCCAAAGGUCAUUGCGAACCAGAGUGUGAUCAUGGUCUUGGGUGGAUCCAUGCAGCUUCCUACUCCUCGAGAUUUUGCAACACCGUCUGCAGCUGUAGCCUUCAUCGCCGUCCUGUUCGCAUUCAUCGGCAUCAACGACCUCACUGCAGGCUCGCUCGCCGAAGAAGUCUUCGACGAAUACUGGGGCGCUCAGGCACCCGUCCGCCUCGUCUUCCUAUUCGCACUCACCGGCUACACAUUCUUGUUUAAGGAGGGCGGAAUAUUCGGUGGAGCUAGGGGCAUUGCGUACUCGAAGAGCCCAAGUAGCUAUCUCAAGAACAGUGUCGUCUUCAGCUGGGGGUUCAUUGAGCUGUCUAUGUGGUUCUGGAUCUACAUCACUUUGCGCGAGGAGCGGAGAGAGCGGUUGAACAAAGUGAUCGAGAAGCGCAACGCAGAAGCUGAGAAGAACAUCGGUCGAUGAGGACGCACUUUACACAGGACGAAAUGCACCGCAUGCUCGGUUCAGGAUAUAUGUGAAACUCGAUUUGGACUUUUUCAAACGCAGUCUAUCGUAGUAUCUCAUAGCAUUGCGGCACUGCUUGGGUUGGCCGGUCGCUGUUCUGUCAGGAGGUCUGUGGCAGAUCUCGUGGAUAAUUCAGAAAUGGGUACAUA